ACUAAAGAGAGCAGCGACCGGCUUAUUUCCAGGAAGUGGCUCGCGUUAUUUAUUUAACACUCGCAAGACAGUAAUAUCAUCCUCUUCUUCGAUACCAGCAGCAGUGGUCUGAAUAGGCGGCGUAUUGCCUUUAAGGUCGCAGGGAUGUAACGAUAAAUCAACGGACAGUAAGAUAUUGAAAAGAUUGAGGACACGGCUGCACGCCAGGUGGCGUUGUAAUGAAGAUCCAUGAGAAGAUUCUGACUCAUUACCUGUCCUGUACUUCACCUGUAGAUAAGGAGGGCUACCUCUACAAAAAGAGAGAGAGGAACGCCACUUACCUACGCCGUUGGUUUGUGUUGAAGGGGAAUCUGUUGUUUUAUCAGGAGCGUCCAGGUGAUCGUAAUCUGUUAGGCGUGAUUGUUCUGGAGGGCUGUAUGGUGCAGGCGUGUGAGACGGACGGUCAGUUCUGUUUUUGGUUGGUGUUCACUGGACCAGGCCUUCGCACUUAUAGGCUGGCCGCUGAUGACAGUGUAAGCCAGGAGAGCUGGAUCAGUGCUCUACUCUGUGCCAGUCACAUCUACCUUUCAGUGUUAUUCAGGGACCUGGAGAGACUCUGCGAAGAAGCUAAAAAAGAGAAAGGCCUUUGCGAUUCCAUACAGACCUCUGCAUUGACUGCUACUUUGGGUGAGAAAUCACCCAAUAAGAUAAUGGCUUCCUGGAACAUAGGACAUUCUUAUUUCAUGCAAGGGGCUUCCAUAGUACCCAGAGAUGGGAGGAGCUGCAGUACCAGUUCAGUACCACCUUCAUCUAUGCCAAACAGACCCAUUAGCUGUAGUCUUCAUGCCCCUCCUGUUCCAUUCAAAACUAACAAUAAGCGAUCUCCAAAGCUCUGGCCAAAGAGAAAUGCCCAUGUCACACCCUUAAAUACUCCUGCACCAUCAUAUGGGGAGUGGCCAGUUGUGUGCUUUGAUCCAUUAGAAGAAUUCAGUAAACUGCACGAGUACUUUGGAAAUGAAAUUCAGCAACUAAGAGUGGAUUGGCUAAAGAAGAAACGUGAUGAGGAGGGAUACAUUGUGGAUGACCUCAUUAAACUUGGCUAGUUGGAGUCCACCAAGUGUAAUCACAUAUCUGUAUUUGUUUUAUGUAUUAAGCUCCUGUCUGGCAUCACUAUGGAUGCAGUAUAUUUUGAAGGUUCAGAAAGUAUGUGGCGCAGCACUGAUCCUUGUGUGCUGUAUGGUAAAGGGUUUCUCAUUUCCUUUCGGCAGACAGGUUUCUGUACAUCUCAUCCCAGUUCCUUAUUGUUUUAUUUGUCAUAAACAGAACCAAAAUCACCAGAAGUUUACCCCUAUGUCUUAACUUAAGUAAGUGCAGACAUAUAAAUCUGCAAUUGUCUGUAAUGUAUCCAAAGCCAGGCAACAAGCACUGCAAAUACUAAGAAGUGAGGUUGUAUUUACAAUAAUCCUGUUUAGUGAAUCAAAAAUAUUUUUGUCUUAUUUUAAUAUUACAUGUUGGUGUGGAUUUGUGAAUGCAAAAUGAUAAUAGGCUAAUUAUUUAAGAAUUGGUUGUAAAUUAACUAUUUAUUAACAUAUUCCUCUAAAAAUGUACUGAGGUAGCCUAAAUGUAUGUAAUCAUAUGCCAUUUUAAUAGGUUAGGUAAUUUUGUAUUAAUUGAGCAAUAUUCAUCUCUUAUCUGACAAUAAGGAUAUAAAUGAAGUCAUAGAAGUGUGGCCUGGUUCAAACACCAUACUAAUGUGAUAUGUGGAGGAACAUACAUGCAAGUUACUGUUUCCUAGUUCUGCCUUAUAGAUGUUUAUUUUUUUAUUUUUUUUUCAGUUUAGGAGGCUUCACAAACAAACCGAAAUACACACCCUGCCUCAUCUUCCUCUUUCACUCCAAAUCAAUUCUUUAGGGAUACCGAUGUAAUUUGCCUUUGUUCUCUUAAUUUAUGCUUAACCAUUCAAAAUAUUAAACAAUAUUUAAAAUCAACACGUUCUUGCAUUUGGGCAUGUUUGUUACUUGAAUGUUUAUUUCUGUGGUGGUCAUAUCUGUAAAUGUGAAAAUAAAACUUUC